AUGGCAAUCAUCGACGACGUUGGGAAACAUGAGCUUGACAUCCUUCGGCGGACAGCCGACCUGGGGAUGAUUUCCUACGACGCCAAUCCGACGUGCGAUGUAUACGACAGCAGCGCAUCGGAGUCGUGUUCGGGCUCUGAGGACGAGCAGGCGGCCAUGUCCGAGGACGAAGACGGCGCCUUUGACGAGACGGGGCGGAUCGGCAACACCGACUGGUGCCAGUGCGCAUGUUACGCGCAGAUGCCGACAGCUGACGAGUGCGUCUGCUGCCGCGAGUACACCGCCGCCGCGUUGAGGAAACCUGGCUGCCUAACAAGCAACCCGGAUAUCGAGACGGUGUGCUUGAAUCCGGGGGUGCUCGAGGUCGCCUACCUUAUGAUGCGGCACUACCGCCAGGACGGAAUGGGCACAACAGCGUACGAGUGA